AACUUAAAAAAUUCUCCAUCAAAACAUGUCAAGGAAAUUCAUUGUUUGAAAAAGAAAGUAUCAGAUUAAUUAUUUCAUUAUAUUUAAUGUUUUUUUCUUCAAUAGAGAUUAAAGUGAAAAAUAUUUCUCUCUAAAACUAAAUAAGUGAAAAUUUCACUAAUUGAAAUAGUGAUCUCAAAAUUCACUACAAAAUUAGUGAUUUUGAAUUAGAUUCACUAAUUCAUUAGUGAUUCCCCGGAUUCUACAAUGAUUACUAGUGGCGCCUCGCUUAAGGACUUUUUAUUCUAUCAUUGAAUUAUCAAAUUCAGGGCAAAAUUAAUUACGAUAAUUUUUAAAUACAACUGAACAGUAUUAAUUCAAUUUUAGAGAGUAGGUGUUCUAUGACGGAAUAAUGGAGUGCAAUAAAAUAAUAUUAUUUCAUUAUUGGUUAUUGAUUGUCAAUGUUUCGUGCAGUAAUAUCAAAAUUAACGCGUCUUCACCAGAAGACAAUCCAUCAAACCGUCUCAUUAGCGAUGCGAGAGAAAUAGUGGAGAAAUGGUUUACAAAUAAUUCAAAUCCAAUUAUAAUAAGUACUGAUUUGAUUAAUGACGACGACAAAGUUGAAAAUCCGUCUGAUAUUAAUAAUAUUAAUUCGUCGUUAAUUAUCAUUAACGAAGAUUUCAAGCCAACGAUAAUCGAAGGGUACAUUCCUGCUUAUCCGACGUAUGUCCUUUUGUUUAAAUCGUUUCUAAAACUGACAGCGCUUAUUGGAGAGUUAAGGAAAUCAAAAAUCUGGAGUAUCAAGUCUCCGUUUUUUGUCCUUGACACUACGAAAGAUCCACUUUGUAUGAAUGCUCAACCCGUACUAGGAAUACUAUGGGAAUAUGAUUUAUUAUCUGCAUAUUACUUGUGUUAUAACAAUGACAUAGAUUCGACAAUUGUUUACACUUUAAAUCCGUUUACGAAUUUCGCUCCGUCACAAUGGGCCCCAGUUGAUGCUAGUGAUGUAUUUGUACAUAAACCUGAAGAAAAAUGGACAUUCUACAGCCUAAAAUAUUCGAAAGGAAAAAAAAUAUAUGAGAAUAAAAUUUCUGAUAAAACAAAAAACUUAGACCGUUAUAAAAUAAAAAUACUAUCUGUUCAGCGAUUUCCAAAUGUGACUUUAGAAAAGAAAGUAGAAAUGCACAAAAAUUAUAUGAAAUAUUUGACGAAUAAAAAAUUAACAACAUUAUACACAUUAAUCCCGUACAUUAAUGCAACAUAUUCAGUCUACUUCUUAGAACGAGGUUUUUCCAAAGAAAUGAUGAAUGAUGGUUACAUUGACGAGUUAGUAAGAAAAAAGUAUGAUGCCAAUGAUAAAUUAACGCAAUUAGCAGACACUAACUAUCAGUUCACAGAUAUUAUGGAACAAUAUAUUUUAUAUGAAUAUUCUAUAUUGACUAAAAAGUCGAAUUACUUGACGGUGAUCAGCGAAAUAACUUACAAUCUACAAUUUAUUAUUCUUUCAAUCGUUUUUCUGUUACUGAUAUUAGUGGUCAUAUUAAUUAAUAAUACGUUCAGGGUUAGUGAGAGUAUUAUGGACGUGGUGAGAAUGUUGGCUAAUAUGGGAGUUAUGUCUCCAAUGGACCGCUUAUCCAUGAGAAUCAUUUACUUUUCUGGAUUUCUAUUCAUAUUCAUAAUAAUGCCUGAGUUUCAGGGACAAAUAUCCGCAAUGUUAUCAAAACCAAUCCGACGUAACGUCGAGUCGCUUAAAGAUCUUCGUGACAAUAAGUAUCACGUAUAUUUUGACGGACUUUUACUGAAUGAUAUGAUCAAUGAAAAAUUGUGGGCUACUGAUGAGGACAGAAAAUAUUUGCAUCCAUCAAGUAAUGAAGAUCUUCAUAGAUGCGCGUACAAAGCUCAGGAAAAUUCAACUAUUGCAUGCAUUGAGAAUACUAGUCGUCAAUUAGAUCACGCUUUAAAUUUAAAAAAUCUAUAUGUUUCCAAAGACGUUGUAUUUAGGAAAUAUCUGGUGUACUGGACAAGAAAGGAUUGGCCGCUGAAAGAUAGAGUCGAUAAAAUGGGUGCACUAUCGGUGGAAACAGGUUUUGUUGAUUAUUGGAAUGACAAACCGAAAAAAGAAUAUUUGAAAAAAUUGAAGAAGAUUAAUAAAAUUAAAGAAAAUGAAAAGUAUGAGCAGAUUGACUUUGAUAAUUUGGUGUUCAGUUACAUGUUCACUGGGGUGAUUUUACUGUGGAGUGUAUUUAUUUUUGCAAUCGAACUGCUCUUUCAUAAAUAUUCAAAACUUCGCAAACAAGUUCUGAUAAGGCGACAGUUCGGGAAUAUAAAGUCAUUGAGAUCGCAACCGAGAAUUGUUUUCUUUCCUGGGCGAAUGGUUCUUCUUAAUAGCCGCAAGUGAUUUUUAUCUCGAAACCAAGUAUCAAAUUAGUAGUAAAGCCGUAAUUAGUAUUCACUGAUUGGUUGAUGUGGAUUUGAUAAUUGCACUCAAUGAUAUUCAAAAAAAGUGUCAUCUGCAGGUUUUGGUGACUAAGUAAAUGAUAAUUUAAACCCUCAAAUAUCUUAAUGAGUAUCAAUGAUACCCAAAAUACAACUCUCAUUUUUCCGUAAAGCAUAAAAUAUAAUCCAAUAAAUUUUGAUUUAACUUUUUUCUUAAAAUCGACCUUUAAAUCUCUGGAAACUCAAAUGUAGAUAAUGGAUUUAAACUUAAAAAAAAUUACACCGCUGCUUAAAAGAUGAAAGUGAAAUAAAUGUUGUGUUGUUUGUCAUUAACAAUUAUAUAUCUGCGAUUUCCAUGU